AAAUAGACUCUUAUGUGUUUGCUGCCAUAAAUCGCUGCUGCCAGCCAACCAGCCAGCCAGCCAGCCCUCCUGGCAGCCACAGUCAUCUGCCUCCCUUCCACUCCACUUCUUUCUCAAGUCCGGCUGUGGAUUCUGAUCUAACUGGAAUGUACCAAAACCACACCAAAGACACCAACAACAACUGCAAUAAAAGCCUUCUCUGUGAUCACAAGGAAAAGCUUGUCCAGGCUAUUAAAAGAAUCAAGCACGAGGUAGAUGAGUGCAGAGAAGCAGAGAGAGAGACGUACAUAGAGUCACUGAAAGUAGAGAACAGUUUUGAUGCCCUGGAACGAGAAAUCAGAGCUGAAUUUCAGAACCUCCAUCGUUUCCUGGAUGAAGAGGAGUGGAAGGACCUGGAGCGACUGAGGAGGGAGAGACAGAAGCAACUGAAGCAGCUGAAGGAAAGAGAGAAGAAAAUAGCAGAGCAAGGGAAAGACCUCGAGAGAGCAAUCACAGUGCUCAACAGUAAACUGGCUGAGGAGGACAGUCACAAACUGCUCAAAGAAAUUCAAGAUCUCAUAAAAAGGUCUCAGGUCAGCUUUGUUCUUCCAGCGGAGGUGGACACUGAGGUGCGCUCUGGCCAGUUUGUGGGGCCCAUACAGUACAGGAUAUGGAAGCACAUGAAAAGCUGCCUUUACCCAAACAUUACAUCAAUGACCUUUGACCCUGAAACAGCCCACCCCAAUCUGUCCAUGUCCCAGUCUUGCACCUCAGUAUGGUUUGAGGAGGAUAAGGACACGGCGGAUUGCCAGGCCAACCCACGACGGUUCCACUAUUAUUACUGUGUGUUGGGCCAUCAGGGCUUCACCACAGGCCGACACUACUGGGAGGUGGAGGUGGGACGUAAGACAGCAUGGAGGUUGGGCGUGGCACGAGAAGAUGUCCCAAGAGGGGAGAUGGCUGCUACUGGUACCUUCAGUGGCCUCUGGACCCUGGCCCUGAAGGGCGGAUCUGUCCUAGCCUGCACCGACCCAAAGCCCACCAAGGUCAACGUAUCUGUCUGUCUUGUCCGCAUCGGUGUGUUCUUAGACUGUGAAAAGGAGGAGGUGUCUUUCUAUAAUGCUGUUACCAUGGCGCCAAUCUACACCUUCACUAUGGGAACGGUCGUGGGUCCCCUGUUCCCCUUCUAUAAUCCAUGUGACUUGGAUGAUGGGAAGAACACGGCUGCAAUUAAGAUCUUUAACCCUUCACUGUAAUAAGGGACUGUUCUCACCAGCUUGAACACUGAUGGUCAAUAGACCAGAGAUUUACAACACAAAUUGUUAAUUUUAGUAGAAUUGUUAUUACACUUAGAGUCAGUUAAUCAGCUAGCCAAUUGAAAGAAAUUAAUUGCCAACUAUUAUAAUUAUUAGAAAAAAUGCCAACCACUGGCUGAUUACAGCUUCUCCAAUUUGAGGAUUUGCUGCUUUCCUUUUGUCUUGAAAAUAAACGGAAUAUUUUUAGAACUGUUAUGUUGCACAAAACAAGCCAUUUGAAGACCUCACCUUGGAUUUUGGAAAAUUCUGAUGGACAUUUCUCACUAUUUUCUGACAUUUAAUAGACAAAACAAUUAAUUGAAAAAUAAUUGACAGAUUUAUCAAUAAUGAAAAUAAUUGUUAGUUGCAGCCUUAAUUAUAUAAAAUACUUGCAACUUGCAGAAGUUGUAAAUAGAGAAACUCCACAUUAAAUAUGGCUGCUACUGUAACCACAAAUAAUUUUUCUGUUAAUGUACAUGUUCUUCUUUUACUGUGAUUACUUGUAGGCUUUAGAGUUUGAGGAAAAUAAAUGUGGUGAAAAAUGA